AUGGAUGAAAAGAAACAAAUGAGCAACAACAUAUUGAAUGAUCAUCAGAAUGCUUCGGCUUCACAAUUGUUGCCUCCUAAUAAAUUGAAUGAGGGUCAUAAUGUAUUUAUGACAAAUAUGAAUAGCAAGAGCAUAGCAGGUUCACCAAAGAGACAAAGCUCCAAUAACAAUGUUGUUGGCAUAAGCAAUGUCGAGGUGUUGAAUUUGAAUAAUGGUGUUGGAGGUGUUAGUAACAGUACAAAAGUUAUUGAGAGCUUGCAUGAGCAAAUCGAUGCGAUGACAAGUGCAAAUGUACAAUUGACUCUACAAUCUCAAAGUUUGUUAAGUAAGUUAGAAGCUUCGCAAUUAAAGGAAAUUAAAUUACAAGAACAAAUUACAUCAUUGAAAAAUGAAAAUGAAAACAUAAAUCAAAUUUUAAAUAGAAAGACAAGAAAGUUGAAAGAUUUAGAGACUGAAUUUAAUUCUUUAUUUGAAGCACAUAAAACUUUGAAAUCAGAAAAUACAGAAUUGAAUAAUAAUUUUGGUUCAAUUAGUAAAAAUGAGUCAAUAUUAAAACAAAAAUUUGAAAUGGUUGAAAAUCAAUACAAGACUGUUUGUGAUUCUCAUGAAUAUUAUAAAGAAAAAUAUGCAUUGGAGAUUAAAACUCUGACUACUGAAUUAGAAGAAGCAAAGAAAAAUCAAAUCGAAUUUUAUGAAAAUUAUCAAUAUGAACACAAGAAUUUAUUGGAUUCUAUUUUCAAAUUCAAUAAUAUGAUUAAAAAUUUAAAUGACUCUAAUAACGAGUUCAAUAAUUCACUGAAUGAAAGAUGCAAUGAUGCAAUUGAGAAGUUAGAUUUACCAAAUUGGGUGACCUUAUAUACAGAGUCUAAAGCAUUAGUUCAAACUUAUGCACAAGAAAUGAACUUAAACAUUCCUGAAAAGUUCACCAGUUUAGUACGCGAUGAAACUUUAUUAGCGUUAGAGUCUGCUACUGAUAAAAAUACACAUCAUCAUUCCAGUUCAAUUAAUAAUACCAUUGCUUCGUUCAAUAAAAGUCAUGGUCCACUACAUAAUAAUGAACAUGGCAAAAAUUCAAAUAAUCAAAACCAAAUACAAGUAAUAAAAUUAAGAAACACAAGUGCUGGUUCAAAUGGUGCCAAUUCACCAACUUUAAAUAAUAAGAGAAGCAGCUUUUAUGGAGGUACAAAAGCAAUAUUUUCGCCAACUAAUUCUUCAAUGCCUGGUACAUUACCUGGCGUGAAGAGAUCUUCAUCUAUACGAAAAUUAAGCAGCAGGCUCUCAUCAAUGAAGAUAGACAACACCUCUAUAAAUACCAACAACAACAAUUACAAUAGUAACAGCAAUUACAACAAUAAUCACUCCAACCAUUCUCAUAAACGCGGAGGUUCAGUUUCAUCAUUUAAUAAUAACAAUACGCCAAAUUACCUACACAAUGCAUCUCCAAGAUUAUCACAAUCACAUACUUUCUCAAAUGAUGGUAAUUUUAAAGACAACUCAAAUUUAAACAAUAAUAACAAUAAGAAUAAUAAUUCUAGAGCACCUUCCACAGGUUCAAAUUACAGAAAGAAAAGAAAUAGUGUCAUGUUCUCCUAG